AUGGUUACUAUCAAGCAACUUUCUAUUAUUUCAACCCUCCUAUUUGGCCUUGGCCAACAGGUGGUCGCCGACAAUUUCGACGAUAAUGGGCUUAUCGCCCGUAGUGAGGGCGAUAUCUCUUAUGGCGGCCAUGGCUUCGAGGCACGUGAUGUGGCUGAAGACGAGCUCGAAGUCCGUUACGACGAGGAUCUCGAGACGCGAGGUAUCAACGGAGGCCUUGGUAAGAGAGGGCUACCCCUUUGGAAGCCCGCGAAGCCGGAUAUCAUCGUGACACCUCCAAGCCCGCCACCAAGCACCAGCAGCAACCGCCGCCACCGACGAAGCCUCAACCAGAGGGGGCUACCCCUCUGGAAGCCCGCGAAGCCGGAUAUUAUUGUUACGCCUCCAAGCCCGCCACCCAGCACCAGCAGCAACCGCCGCCACCGUCGAAGCCUCAACCAGAGGGGCCUACCCCUCUGGAAGCCCGCGAAGCCGGAUAUCAUCGUGACACCUCCAAGCCCGCCACCAAGCACCAGCAGCAACCGCCGCCACCGACGAGGUCUCAACCAGAGAGGGCUACCCCUCUGGAAGCCCGCGAAGCCAGAUAUCAUCGUGACACCUCCAAGCCCGCCACCAAGCACCAGCAGCAACCGCCGCCACCGACGAAGCCUGUGA